AUGUCUUUUAUGGGUGAUAUGAUGAAUCCAGCACCUUUAUGGCAUAAUGGACCAGCACCAGGAGCGUUUUAUAAUUUCCCAGCGAACUCUACAUCGUUUGGGCCUUCAAAUUACACAGUUCAAGAUUUCCGAGCUCAUUCUGCUAAUCCAAUCACAACUACCACUACUGUGAUUGGAGUCAAGUUCGACAAAGGCUGUGUAAUUGCUGCUGACACACUUGGUUCUUAUGGCUCCUUGGCACGAUUCCGAGACUGCCCUAGAGUUUUGAAGGUUAAUGAUCUUAUCCUACUGGGAUCUGGAGGAGAUUAUGCUGAUUAUCAGUACUUAAAAGAUAUAAUUGAGCAGAAAAUAAUUGAUGAACAAUGCAUUGGAGAUGGUCUGCAAUUAAAACCUAAAUCUCUUCACUGCUGGUUGACUAGAGUGCUGUACAAUAAGCGCAGCAAGAUGGAUCCCUUGUGGAACAAUUAUGUAGUUGCUGGAAUACAAGAUGGAGAACCAUUCUUGGGGGCAGUGGACAAACUCGGCACAGCAUAUGAGGAUGGAACAAUAGCAACUGGGCUUGGAGCAUAUAUGGCAACCCCACUGCUUAGAGAUGCCUUAGAUAAGGGACCUCUAGAUGAAGAAUCUGCAAAAGCAUUGGUGCGCAAAUGUAUGGAAGUUUUGUUCUACCGUGAUGCCCGCUCGUUCCCAAGAUAUCAACUUGGAGUGGUUACAGCAUCCGGUGUUACUGUAGAUGAACCAGUUGAGCUCAAACAUGACUGGUCACUCGCUCACAUGAUUCAAAUGAAG